UUUGCUUGAAAUUUCAGCAACAAACUGAAGAGCAUCUCUCUCUCUCUCUCUCUCUCUCUCUGCUUGAUCAAUUACUCAAAGUCUUUUCCUCAUCAUCAUCACCAACUCAACUCAUGGCUUCAUCAAAUAGACACUGGCCUAGUAUGUUCAAGUCCAAGCCCCAUCAAUGGCAACACGAGGUGAACUCGUCUCUCAUGUCGUCUGGAUGUCACCGGAGCCAAUAUUCAUCGGGAUGCGAAGAGCGCACACCGGAGCCAAAGCCAAGAUGGAACCCGAAACCUGAGCAAAUUCGUAUCCUCGAGGCGAUCUUCGACUCUGGGAUGGUUAACCCUCCAAGGGACGAGAUACGGAAAAUUAGGGCUCAGUUGCAGGAAUAUGGACAAGUCGGGGACGCCAAUGUCUUCUACUGGUUCCAGAACCGGAAAUCGAGGAGCAAACACAAGCUCCGCCACCUCCAGAACUCAAACAAGCAGCAGAAUCGCCAGUCAGCGGCGGCUGCAGCAGCCUCAGCUUCACCCACAUCGUCUGCCACCAACGCCUCGGCGGCCCCUACCUCUUCCUCCUCCUCCUCGGAUAACAAGUCCUCCCCCAAAGACAAUGGUGCCGGUGCCCCAAACAAAUCAUCCGCAAGCACAAUCUUCUCUCUGGGCCCGUCCAGCAUGAUCGAUGCAUCAAACAAUUCCCCGAGCUACUCCUCGAGCCAACAAGCCCCAUAUUUCCCAACCCAAGAGGAGAUCCUCACGGAACCAUUCCUCUUCCCCUCUAGCCAUGGGUUCCAAUUGUCCGAGCCACAGGUUCCAUUCCAUGGGCAGCCCAUGGUGGGGCACUAUGGGAGUCUCUUGCUGAGUGAGAUAGUGGCUCAUGGAGGAGCUUCAAAGAAAGUGAAGAUGAAUCCUAACGCUAAUGCCACUUCAAGUGCUCAUACCGCCGUCCCAUCCACGGCUACUGCAAAUGCAACCGUUACUGUCCCAUUCCUGUCUUCCUUGGACCAAGUCCACGGAGCUGGGGUGCAAUUGACUGGGGAACCGAGGCCGGCAGGGGACUCUCCAGUGACUGCUGGCAGUGGGGGUGGGGUGCCAAAGUUGACCGUGUUCAUCAAUGAUGUGCCAUUCGAGUUGCCGGCAGAGCCCUUCAGUGUUCAAGCAGCUUUUGGGGACGAUGCGGUGCUGAUCAAUGCUGCCGGUCAGCCCAUCCUCACGGAUGAAUGGGGCCUCACUCUUCAGCCACUCCAGCAUGGUGCCUUCUAUUAUCUGAUAUGAAGUUUAGCUAAGCUACGAAUGCGUGGUUACUGUGCUAUCAAUGUCAUUUGCUCUAUCUCUCUGUCUCUCUCUAUCUCUAUCUGUGUCUGUCUGUCUGUCUGUCUGUCUGUCUCUCUCUCUCUCUCUCUCUCUCUCUCUCAUAGUUAUAGGUUUAAAAUUUAGGCCAUGCUUCCGAUCGAUAUGUAAACAGCAUUUGGUUGAACGGUUCUGUUCGAUUGAGGAUUUACCAAGCAAUCUAAUGAGUAAUGUGCUUUCUGCAAUGCACGAUUGGUGGAGAGAGUAUUACAUAUA